AUGCAUUGCACUCGAACCGUUCACGGUGAUCUCCGUACCAGUACCACGGAAUGGCCGUCUUUGAUGCUUCACUUUACGUUGAAACGCAACUCAAUGCAAGUGAACGGCCAGCCCGAGUUCGACGUUUAUGCUAACCCGAUCGUGUCCAAAGAUGGUCUAAGCGUCACCUACGACGGGUACGUGGACUUCACCGAAGGCUCGACCCUCACCCGGUACACGCUGGUCGACGGUAUCGCCUACUCGACGACUACGACCUCCGAGACGGACCAAACUCAAGCUUCAUCGUCAACAUCCGAAUGCGUCGAAGUGAACGCACUGCCACCACUCAACGACAUGUUACCGGCGCUCAACGACGCUACGCAAGUUGCAAAUGCUACUUUAGACGGUGCUAAGAUCAAGUGUUCGCCGGGAAAUCUGUUUAAGGUCACCUUCCGAGGACUUAACCUGGCCGUUUGUGCGUCUGGUUCUUCAGGUGUUCACGUUUAUGGCAGUGACUUGGAGAUCAGACUUAACGAUUGUGAGCGUGUUGUGAACGCCACUGCCGUCACUGAAACCUCCAUCGCCCUGCUAACUGGCGAUGUGAUCCCUGAGAGCGAGUCGCGAAGCCUGGACUUAGACUCGGGCGUCGAUCUUGAAGCCACUACAUGCUCUUGCAAGUCAACGCCACGUCCAUGUCUCUUCAUUCACGGUCUUGGGAUUGACAACGAGAGAGCAGAACUUCAGGACUCGUUCAGUGCCUACUGGGGCAACAUGACAGACCACGCUCCGUGCUGCACAGAAUUCAAGUACAUGGUCUGGAACUCCAUGGAGACCGGAUGGAAUAAUGACACCCAGCAGCAGAUCAUGUGCGACCUCGCAGCUUCCGUGACAGAAUCAGGCUCACCGACCGAGAUUGCCGACACUAUCGUCGUCACGCACUCGAUGGGCGGACUCAUGUUGGCAGGAGCCAUUGCAACGGGGAAGUGCUCGCUCGCUAACAGCAGCUCGUGGGUCGCUACGAGCCCUCCGAUGUCAGGAAGUAUGGGGGCUAACUACGCUCUGGAGUCCUGUGACGGAGAGCACACUGUUAUUAUGGAGGCGAUCGGCAACGUGACAGACCAAUGUCCAGUGCUCGGAGCUACAAAGUCACUAGCGUAUGAAGGUGAAAAGUUGACUUCUACGGAGAUGGACGAGGGCUACGAGGCGGCCCAAGAAGUCUUCCGGACGCACGUUCACGCUGCCAUGUGCAGCAACGCGUUCUGGGGACUGUUUUCGCUCUACCAGCCUCUGUAUUGGCUUCUCGGCGCUGCACUUCCUCACAAGUCCAAGCAGAACGACGGAUUGGUUGAGUUCCAGAGCUGUGCUGGCGGCCUCCCGCUUGAACAGUUCGGGGAACAUUACAGUGACCAAUUCUACGUGACAAGUCUCAACCACGCCGACACCACCUUCUAUCACGGCGACGGUCUCUUCAGUGCCGCACAGAAACCUGUCAAGUGGUUUGAGUGCAUUCUGUAA